AUGGAGUUGAGUAUUAUCAUACUCCACUAUGACUCAUUAAGAAAUGGCAGGAUUAAUAAAAGGACUAAUGAUUACGGUAAGGGCAUUGUGGAAAUUAACAUCGCCAACAAUACUUAUGUGUUGUUAACAGCAAAUGGUACCGACUACCAGCAAGGUAGAUUAUCAUUAACGAGCGGUGGUUAUUCAAAUGAUACGAACGAGGUAGUACCAGCACAUGCUAUUUGGUAUUCGUGGGGGCAUGGGGUUAGAUUGGACUUGAUAGCUCCAGUUAACAAGACUGAAUCGGCGAAUGUAGUGAGUCGGGAUUUAAACCCAAACCUUAUUUACACAGCGGUCGGUUCCUUAGUGAUGGAAUGCCAAUAUACCCUAGGGGCAAGCUCUAAUAGUGGGUUAAAUAUAGGUACAUUAUAUGAUAAUGCUUUGAAUAAGGCAGGUGAAGGACAAAGCUUACACUGGAAAAUGAAUGCAUUCCAUGCUUAUAUUGGUAAAACUAGCAGACUCAAGUGUGAGACUAAGGUAUACGACCAUACCGAAACUCAUGACAGUUGGCGUAGCUGGGAUGAUGUAUGGGCUAGUUUUUGA